CUCCAGGAAUUUAAUCACUUUCUAAAACAGCCAAACAUUUUUGGUAUAUUUCUCUCAGUCAGUGUUUAACCAGACCCCUGUCUUUAAGGGGUGGGCUGAACUGACAGAAGAAAUGUUGAAAGCCUGAGACUCAGGAGGACAGUUUCUGCAGGGUGGCUCCCUGGCCUCAGGAGGAGAGGGAAGUAAGGCUGUGGACAAGUGGCCUGGCAGUGAGACACAAUGGAAUCUGGCUUCACCUCCAAGGACACCUACCUGAGCCAUUUCAACCCUCGAGAUUAUCUAGAAAAAUAUUACAGCUUUGGGUCCAGACACUCCGCAGAAAACCAGGUUCUUAGGUUUCUUCUGAAAAAUCUUUUCAACAUAUUCUCUGUGGGUGGCAUAAAAGGAGACCUCCUGAUUGACAUCGGCUCUGGCCCCACCAUCUAUCAGUUCCUUUCUGCUUGUGAAUCCUUCAAGAAGAUCAUUGCUACUGACUACGUUGACCAGAACCUACAGGAGCUGGAGAAAUGGCUGAAGAAGGAGCCAGGGGCCUUUGACUGGUCCCCAAUAGUGAGCUAUGUGUGUGAGCUUGAAGGUAACAGAAUGAAAGGGCAAGAGAAGGAGGAGAAGUUGAGGAAGACAAUCAAGCAGGUCCUGAAGUGUGAUGUGACCCAGAGCCAGCCUCUGGGAGCUGUCUCCCUGCCCCCAGCUGAUUGCCUGCUCAGCACAUUGUGCCUGCAUGCUGCCUGCCCAGACCUUUCUGCCUACUGCACAGCCCUCAGGAACCUCAGUGGCCUGCUGAAGCCAGGGGGCUACCUGGUGAUCAUGGAUGCCCUGAAGAGUAGCUACUACGUGGUUGGUGAGCAGAGGUUCUCCAGCCUCAGCCUGGGCCAGGAGGCAAUAGAGGCUGCUGUGAGAGAGGCUGGCUACACCAUCAAGCAGUUUGAGGUGAUCUCUCAAAGUUAUUCUCCCACGACAGCCAACAAUGAAGGAAUUUUCUUCCUGGUGGGACAGAAGCUGAGCAGCUCUGCAUGACACUUUGUGAUCACAAUUAAGGCAAUUCAUAGGACUAACCCAGUUGACUUCAGUCCUUGGUUCUAACUCUUGUUGAGUAGAGGCUAAUGGCUGGGGCCCUGAUGGCUUGUCUAGGACAGCACUGUAGCUGUCAGUCAACCUAGGAGUAAUUGGUUGACCACCUACUCUGUGUCCAGUCUUCACUAUUUGUGAUUAUAAAAGAAAAUACACUUUGCUUAAGCAUUCUUGUUAUGGCUUAAGCUUACACAUCGCUAUAGAGAAAUGUCUGAAGUUAUUUGGUAUUCAUGUCCCUGGGGGCCGUCUGCCUUCUUCUCCCCCACAAACAGGCUUCUCCUCCUCUUCAGCUUUUGCCUCCUCUAGGGACCUUAUCCUCUGCUGGGGUCCACAGGAACCACCACUAUCUCUGGGGUCAGAGAACAGUUGUUCCCUUUGCCCCUGUGUCCCAAGGAUGAGUCAGGCCCUUCUCUUACUUCCCUUGACAUACCUCAGCAAAGCUGUGACUUCUACCUGAGGAGACAUUUAGGGGUUAGCAAGAAAGAUAACAGACACUAUUUUACAGCUGCAAUUAGAAACUGUCUUCAGAGCCCACAUCCUGAGAGGGUAUGGAAGGUAUCCUAUUGGCAUAGGUCUUGGCCAAGUAUCUUGGGAUGAGAAAGGGUGAGGAGGGAAACCUAUUCCCUCAUGCCAUGCCUAUGUUCUCUGGUUCCCAGGCACCAUCAUCCAUGAUGCUCUAAAACAAAGGUAUACAAACUGUGGCCCAUUAGCCACAUCUGGCCUGCUGCCUGCUUUGUAAAAUUUUACUGAGACAUAGCCAUGACUAUGCAUUUACAUUUUGUCUGUGGCUGUUUUUGUACUGUAAUGACAGAGUUGAGUACUUCUGACAGCAGCUGUAUGCAUGGCCUCUGAGAAACAGAGUGAAGAAAUAAAAUGGAGUCACUAUAAUCAAGCUGCUAAAUUAUUAACUUCAAGUCAGCUGAAGCAUAGGGUAAUAAUUACUUUUGUUUUAAAUGACUCUGGGAACUUAAACUUUUGAACUUUCCAGUUCUGUGUCAAUACCUUGGUGCACAUCACACUGUAUUGUGUGUAAAUGACUGGACAUACAUCAUACCUCCAGGUAACCAUGAAUGACCUUAAGAAGAAAAUGUUCCAAUGUCUAUGCCACUGGGCAUCUGAUAAUUAGCACCACACAUAUGAUGACUAUCAUCUUGAACCAAUCUGGGGGCUAAGAAUGUAGAACUGAUUUUCCUCAAGAAUAUAAUUUUUACUGUAAGAACCCUCAGCUAUUCUUUCCCUUUCAGAAUACUCUAGACAUUACCUAGUUGUGUUUCUGGUUUGCAAACCCUGAGACCAUUGAAUAAAUCUUUGUCAUUUAUUUCUAGCCAAAGCUCCUAACUCUUUUGAGCUCAGUUGACAUUUAGCACAGCCCGGACUACCUAUUAUCUGGAUCAUUGCAGAAAAAGUGUGGGGACCCCCUACUAUAAACAAGAGAGAGAUUUCCCUCCUCAUCCUUUUAUAUCCCAAGAUUCCCUUUUUCCUAGGAUUACUGAUUGUGGACCUUUCUGCUUCCCACAGGAGAGAGUUCUUCCUCCUAACCCCCCCACCCCCGCCAUUCAAGGACAAUCACAUCAGAGCACAAGGGUCCAACAUUAGUAUGUUUUUAUUUAUGUGACUGUUUAGGACAAUAGUGUCAUAACACAGUAUGGUCCAGUAUUGGGAUAUUUUCAAUGGCUCAAGCUCAUAGGACAUUCACAUGAAAACACAAUAUUCUAAUCUGAUUUCAAUUCAAGAGAUUGUAUCCCCAAGGGCACUUACAGGCUAGUCCUGGAUCAAGAAAGUCAAGUCCAGCUCUAUUCCUUCAGCAGGUGGUGAUGAUUGGGCCUACACAUCCUUUCUGGAAGAAAAUGCCCCCAGAAGAUCACAAUUAGCUCCACAGGAGCCAGCACCAAAGUCACCCAGGCCACAAAAAAGCAACCAAAUCUUUAGAAACAGGAUUCUCUCAAACAUGUGCCAUAGACCUCACCAACCCAGAGCAAAGGCCACAGCUUCUCCCAAAACAUCCAUAUUUGGUUACCUCCCAAAGCAACAGCCCUUCUUUAUUUAUUUUUGCAUAACUGUAAACAAAAACACAAAUAUUCCUUUAAAAUAGGAUUUUCUGGUUUAAGGCUCUUUUAAAAACAAGUGAUCUCCAGCCUUAUUUCCAUUACUGAAAACACAGUUCCUUGAAUUGAAUAUUUCCUUCAAAACACUUUGAAUUCAGUGUAGUGCCCUUGAAAGUUAAGAACAAAUAACACAUUUGCUGUGAUCUGACAUAAAGGCUAUAGGUAAAUUCAAAUACAGCCCUACUCUAUGUUUCAGUCCAGAGAACUUGGGGCAGACUGUCAGUUAAAAUCAGCUACACUGAAGACAGAUUUUACAAGAGAG